AAAAGAAAUAAUCAAAGGCAACCUUUUUAGUUGUAUCAAACAGGAAAAAAAAAUAUGGGGAGAGGGAAAAUUGAGAUAAAGAAGAUUGAGAACAUCAACAGCAGGCAAGUGACGUUUUCGAAAAGAAGGGCUGGAUUGUUGAAGAAAGCCAGAGAACUUUCGAUUCUGUGCGAUGCUGAGGUUGCGGUUAUAGUCUUUUCCAGCACCGGAAAACUCUAUGAAUUCGCUAGUUCCCGCAUGGAAGAAAUCAUUUCAAAGUACCGCACGAAUCCUGAGGGUGCCAAACUUGUUCCCAAUGGGAAUGAUAAAGAGCAAUCCAAGAAUGAAGAAGGACGACCUCAAUCACCUCCUCAGCCACCUAAACCUCAGCAGAUUAAUGCAAUGAAAUCUGAAAUUGCCAAGUUGCAGCUCUUUCAACGUCAAAUGACGGGCAAGGAGCUUGGGGGCCUGGAUUUGCAGGAAUUGCAGCAUUUAGAGCAUCAAUUGCACGAUGGAAUUAUGGCUGUUAAGGAUAAGAAGGAGAAAAUUCUGUUGGAGAUGCUCGAGAAGUCCAAAUUGCAGGAGCAAAAGGUUGCUCUAGAGAAUGAAGCCCUUAAGGAACAGAUCGAGGAGUAUCGAUCAAGGAUAAUGUACCAUGAGCUUGGAAGGAAGAACAAUUCGGGUGGAAGCACAAGCACCAUUUGCGAUUGCCGAUCAGACAAGGAUGGAAAUUCAGACACUUCCUUGCGUUUGGGGUUAUCGGUGGAUAUGUGUCCCAAGAGAAAGAAACCAAAAAUGGAGUCUCCAAACAACGAGUCCCAAAGUAAUCUAAUGGUGUUAGAGUAGUGUGCACUACUUAACCUGUUUUCCUUCUUGUUUUGUUUUUGUUGUGUGUUCAGAAUUUUUGCAAUUUUCUGUUACUGUAAUGGUCUUUCGCUUUGUUGUAUUUGGUUUACCUUAAUUCGUAAAUGAAUUAAGAAGUAUUAUUACAUGAAUAGUUCUUUGAAUAAUUUGAAAAUUUUUUAAUGUAGACAUCAAAAUUCAGCAA